CAUACGCUUACGCUAACUAACCUUUAUAGAUGAAUCUAGGUAUCGGAGCGCUCCAACUCUGUCAGUGACCAUGUAUCCGUCAAUGUUCUGAAAAGUUGGUUAUAGUUAGUUGGCAUAGUCGUGUAGUAAAUCGAUUAGGAUUUGUAGGUACAUGCCUGUGUUGGCCCCACGCCGAAGCCCAAUGACGGAUGCUCUUUGUACCUACCUGUUUGAACAUAGGCUUUCUUCGACAUUUGCAAAUGGCAAUUCGUUGACCUCUAACAAUUUAAGCUUCUAGACUAGGCAUCUGCGAGCGAUAGCCACUUAGCAUGCAGACGGCAAACGAUUUGAGGAUUGCAACUCAUUAUAGCGCGGGGUCAUCGGGUCGGCUUCAUGGAUACCCACCAGCUCCUGCACACCUGCGCCCCUACAUCCGUCAGCCCAGCACGCCCUUCUUGGGCAACCACCCACCAUGCAAGCAUGCCGCCUUGGUGUCGCCUGCAGGAGCAGCUACCGCCGCCACUACCUAUCGCAUGGAUGCGCUAAGACCUCCACACCCAUCAGCGCCAGUCGUGAAGUUUGCUUCGCCCAAUGCCUUGCUCUCAUCCCAGCCAUCAGCUCCAUCCAGUCAUUCCUGCAGCUCCCACGGCCGUGGCAAGCGAAACCGCUGGCCGCGACCCCCAGCCGCGGUCAAUGCCAGUUCAGCAGCAGAAGCUUUCGCCUCUCCCGGCGAAUCACGCCAAGCCUCCGACUUGCCUGCCACCUCUCAUACCCAUGGUAGCUGCGACACCAGCAGCAACAACCACGGAAGCUGCGACACCAGCAGCAGCACCAGCAGCGGCAUCGGCGCUAGCAGCACCAUGUCUGGGCCGCCGGCGCCCCGGCCCCCAUCGCCAACCAUCGAUCUCGGGGACGGUGUCAUCCUGCAGCUGCACCCAAUGCCCGAAUGCGGACUGAGCUUUGACGGAGCUUCCGACGCCGGCGGACAUUCCGACACCCCGUCCGGAGCGGCCGCAUCAGAUAAUAAUGAUGAUGAUGAUGAUGACGUUGAUGCUGAUGAUUCAGGGCUGGCGGGGUCAGAAGGCCGGAUGCUGAUAACCAGGGAUCUACGUCAGGCGUACGAGUGGAGGGAGGUACGGCGGCUGCUAGCGGCGAAUGGUGCCGUACUAGAUGCCGUACAUCUGGCGACUGCUGCACGACGCUUACGUGUACUAGCGCCGCCACCGCUCGGGAAGCGGAUGGCGAGCGAGCGGAGCCAUUUUCGGAGCUUCCUCAGCGGCUUCGUACAGUUGUGCGGGUAUCACCUCUCCGCCAUGCCACCCAAGCAGCUAGUUGCCGUACUGUACAGCCUGUCUGCGCUUCACUUCCCGCCGCCUCCCGGUUGGAUGGCUGCAUGGUUGCAUGCAGCCGGCCGGCACCUGCAGGUCGGGGGCUUCGGGCCGCGUGAGCUGGCGAAUGUGCUCGCCUCGCUGGGGCGGCUGAACUACGACCCAGGGGUCACUCGGAUGCUGCAGCUCUGCGGCGCCGUAGCGGUGUAUUUGGAG